AUAAAUGUGAAAGUGCAUAAGAAUACUUUUGACUUAAAUGGAAAUGGACCAUCUCUUACCUGUUAUUGAUGCAAUUGGCAAUCUCAAUUACUUUUUUUAGUAGCAUCAUCACCUUAAAACAUAACCUGUAUCAUUUCAGAGUUAGCAUCAAAAUUUUGCACUUAAAAUAUGAAUCAUCCUUGUGCAAGCUCUAGAAACCUGUUGUCACAAAUCCUGAAUAGAUAUCUUCUAGUAUGGAUGAUCUUAAUGAAGGAAUCAGCAAUUGCUGCAACUCGUGCAGGAAAUGAAACUGAUUUGCAAGCUUUACUUGACUUCAAGAAUAGGGUAGUAGCAGAUCCAUUCAACAUUAUGAGUUCUUGGAAUGACUCCCUCCAUCACUGCAAUUGGAUAGGAAUCACAUGCAACAUCUCCAAUGGAAGGGUCAUGGACCUUAGUCUUGAGCAACUGAGACUAGGAGGCACUCUCACACCAUUCAUAGGAAACCUCACAUUCCUCAACACACUCAACUUGUUAAACAAUAGCUUUCAUGGUGAAAUUCCUCAAGAGGUGGGUCAUUUACUCUAUCUGGAACAUCUAAACCUCAGCUUAAAUAACUUUGGUGGGAGUAUUCCAAGUAAUCUAAGUCACUGCACAAAACUAGAAGUACUAGGUGUAGGAGGAAAUAAUCUUACAGGAGUAAUCCCAACUUGGAUUGGAAACCUUUCUUCUUUGUCUCGCAUUAGCUUUGGAUUAAACAACUUGAUCGGAAGCAUACCACAAGAGGUAGGCCUUUUAUCAAGCUUGACAUAUCUUGUGCUAUAUGGGAAUUACUUGUCUGGAUCAGUUCCUUCUUCAAUCUAUAACAAAUCUUCCUUAUACUAUUUCACUUUUACUCAAAACCAACUUCAUGGGAACUUACCGGCCGAUGUUGGGUUUACUCUUCCAAACAUUCAAGUAUUUGCUGGUGCGGUCAACCAUCUUACAGGUUCUGUCCCUGCAUCAUUGUUGAAUGCAUCAAAACUAGAGAUUCUUGACUUCUCCGUGAAUGGUCUCACUGGAACACUGCCAAAGAACUUAGGGGUCUUGAACAGGUUAACUAGACUUAGCUUUGAACACAACAGACUGGGAACUGGGAAAACAGAUGAUCUUAGCUUUCUUGAUUCUUUGGUCAACUGCACAGGUCUACAAGUUUUACGUCUAGGAGUAAAUAAUUUUGGUGGAGUAUUGCCUAAAUCAAUUGCUAAUUUCUCAAGCCAAAUGCACACAUUUGCCCUUGGAAAUAUACCUGGAAUUGGCGACGGAAUACAUGGAAAUAUACCAGUUGGAAUUGGCAAUCUUGCUAACCUGGCCCUCAUAAGUUUGGAAGGAAACCAUCUAACUGGUAGUCUUCCUCAUACAUUGGGUAGGCUGAAAAAUCUGAGAGAAUUGUAUCUGAAUGUCAACAAAUUUUCAGGUAGAAUCCCAUCCUCCUUGGGAAAUUUGUCUGUAUUAACGAAAAUUUUUCUGGAGGAGAACAACUUCGAGGGAAGCAUCCCUUCUAGUCUUGGAAACUGCCAAAAUUUAUUGGUACUCAGCCUUUAUAGCAACAAGCUCAGUGGCACCAUACCACCUGAAGUUAUUGGCCUUUCUUCACUAGCAAUUUAUUUAGAUGUAUCUCAUAAUGCUUUGUCAGGGACUCUUCCAUCUGAAGUGAGUAAGCUACAAAACCUUGGAGAGUUGGUGUUGUCUGAGAACAACUUUUCUGGAGUCAUUCCAUCUUCUCUUGGCAGAUGCAUUAGCUUGGAAAAGCUGCAUUUGGAGGGAAAUUCUUUUGAUGGAAACAUUCCUCAAACUUUAAAGAAUUUGAGAGGUUUACUUGACAUAGAUCUUUCACGAAACAACUUGUCUGGCAAGAUUCCCGAGUUUCUUGGGCAGUUCACUGAGCUCAAGCAUUUAAAUCUUUCAUACAAUAAUUUUGAAGGUGAAAUACCGAAGAAUGGAAUAUUCAAAAAUGCUACAUCCCUUUCAUUGUAUGGCAACAGCAAGCUAUGUGGGGGUAUUCCAGAACUAAAUUUCCCUCCAUGCACUGUCAGGAAAGCUUCUUUGGCAAGAAGACUCCUUGCUCCUAAGGUGGUUAUCCCUAUAGCAUGUGCACUUGUAUUACUGCUAAUUCUAUCGUGUUUUCUUAUAUUGUUCCCCAUAGUAAAAAGAUCAAAGAAGAAAAUUCCUACAUCAACUACUGAAACGGGUUUGGAAUUUGAAAUUUCUUACUCAGAAAUUAACAAGUGCACUGGUGGGUUCUCCCUGGAUAACCUGAUUGGUUCGGGAAGUUUUGGUUCUGUAUAUAAAGGAACUCUCUCAGGUGAUAAAUCAAGUGUCGCAGUUAAAGUAUUAAACCUUCAACAGAAAGGAGCACCUGAGAGUUUCAUUGAUGAAUGCCAUGUUCUGAGAAGUGUAAGGCAUCGUAACCUUCUCAAGAUCAUAACUGCGAUCUCAGGAGUUGAUCAUCAAGGCAAUGACUUCAAAGCUCUAGUGUUUGAGUACAUGCCUAAUGGAAGUCUAGAAGACUGGUUGCAUCCUAUAAGAAAUUUGCAAUUUCAGAAAAAGACAUUGACAUUCACUCAAAGACUGAACAUAGCAAUUGAUGUUUCAUGUGCACUGGAAUACCUCCACCACUUCUGUGAAACUCCAAUUGUUCAUUGUGACAUAAAGCCAAGUAACGUGCUUCUUGACAAUGAUAUGGUUGCCCGUCUUGGUGACUUUGGAUUAGCUACAUUUCUGUAUGAAGAAUCAAACAAGUUAUCCACACAACCAGUUAUAUCAGCUAACCUAAGGGGUUCUAUUGGCUACAUCCCUCCAGAGUAUGGUAUGGGUGGGAAGCCUUCCACACUUGGAGAUAUAUACAGCUAUGGGAUACUGUUACUGGAAAUUUUCACUGGAAAAAGGCCGACAGAUGAAGCAUUUGAAGGUGGCACGGGAAUUCAGCAGUUUUAGCAAUGGCUCUAUCUAACAAUGUCAUGAUAUCCUUGAUCCUUCAUUAGUCUGUGAACAGACUUGAUGAGGAAAAGUGAAGAGUCUGAGUGUGAAGAGAUUGAAG